CACGCGCUGCAGUGGCGUUGGUAAGACGAGGGGGUGAGACUUAGAAACCCUAAAUCAAAUAGACAUUUUUGGGACUUCACUCGCCAAACCUCAUCGCGUGAAUUCUCAGUUGCAGAAUCGCAGAUCCAAAGUGUGUCUGUGCGUGACCAAACAACAAACAAAGAUUACAUACAUACAUACAGGUUGAAUGUGGUUGGAUUUUAAGUAAGCACUUCUGAUAUAUAGACUAGAAGCUGCAAUUUCAGUCGCUCUCACCUGCUGGUGGAGUGUAUACAAUUAUAUACCUUUCUAUUUCUGUCUAAACUUGGACGGAGGCCUUCUAUAUCCAAAUGAAUCAAAUCCCUGAUGGAUUCGAUGUGGUAACAGCUUGAUGCAGAUCCUCCGUGUUAUGGAUCUUCAGUGUCCUCGAAAAAUGCCAUACAAUCACUCUCUAUGCCUGCUGGCUGAUAAAUUUUGUGAGCAAUUUUGUCCUCCGUAAUGUACCUGAAGGACAUGAUGAAACUUCAGAGAUGGGAAGCUAGUUGAAGGUUAUUGUAAUGUAUGAGCUGUUGUCACUUGUCCGAGUGAUGAAUGGAUUGGCUCGAUUAAAUUUAUAUGAUGAUCUUGAACUCAAAGUUUCCUGAUAUUUAGGCCACUUAGUAAACCCAAAACUUUAAUGGAAGCACAAGUUAGCGACAGUUCUUGGACUCUGGUUAGAUUAAGAAGAGUGAUGGAAUGUAGGCAGAGAUGUUUUGGGCUACUUAUUGUAUCUUUCUGUGCUUAUUGAAUAAGAAUUAAUUCUAUGUUUUCGUAACCUCUUACUGGAUAAGUUCUCCUCUAAUUUUUCUUGACGUUCAGGUAUCAGUAAAAGAAAAGUCAAUAGGCUUUCAUUUGUUUAGCAGCAUGGAUAUAGAUCUUCGGCUGCCUUCUCAAGACCAUGAUAAGGAAGAAGAAGAACAAAAUGGAAUUAUAAAUAUGCUUGACAAUGAAGAAAAAAUGCACAGUGAUGAUGGAAUGCAUGGGAUGUUGGUUGUUGAAGAGAAGAUGCAUGCAGAAGAUGGAGGGGAUAUGAACAGUCCCAUAGGAACUAUGAUAGAGUUUAAGGAGGAUGUGAACCUUGAACCGCUGGCUGGCAUGGAAUUUGAGUCACAUGGCGAGGCUUAUGCCUUUUAUCAAGAGUAUGCUCGGUCGAUGGGAUUCAAUACAGCUAUACAAAACAGCCGUCGCUCAAAGACAUCAAGGGAAUUCAUUGAUGCAAAAUUUGCAUGUUCUAGAUAUGGAACGAAACGGGAAUAUGAGAAGUCUGCAAAUCGACCACGUAGUAGACAAGGAAACAAGCAGGAUCCGGAAAAUGCUACUGGUCGGCGAGCGUGUGCAAAGACAGAUUGCAAAGCAAGUAUGCAUGUGAAGAGAAGGUCCGAUGGGAAAUGGAUAAUUCAUAGAUUCGAGAAAGAACAUAAUCAUGAACUUUUACCUGCCCAAGCUGUUAGUGAACAAACAAGAAGGAUGUAUGCCGCAAUGGCAAGACAAUUUGCUGAAUACAAAAAUGUUGUUGGUCUGAGAAGUGACACAAAAGGUCCAUUUGACAAAGGUCGAAAUUCAUCAAUGGAAGGGGGAGACGUAAAUGUUCUGUUAGAGUUCUUCAUUCAGAUGCAAAAUCUUAAUUCCAACUUCUUUUAUGCUGUUGAUGUGGGUGAAGAUCAGCGUUUGAAGAACUUGUUUUGGGUUGAUGCCAAAGCCAGGCAUGACUAUGCAAAUUUCAGUGAUGUUGUCUCUUUUGAUACUACCUACAUCAGAAACAAAUAUAAAAUGCCCCUUGCUCUUUUUGUUGGGGUCAAUCAGCAUUUUCAGUUCAUGCAUCUUGGAUGUGCUUUGGUCUCUGAUGAGAGUGCAGCAACAUUUUCUUGGGUAAUGCGGACAUGGUUGAAGGCAAUGGGCGGUCAGGCUCCCAGGACAGUGAUCACCGAUCAUGAUCAGGUAUUGAAGUCGGUCAUUUCAGAGGCUUGGCCAUCAUCCCUCCAUCAUUUCUGUUUGUGGCAUAUCCUGGGAAAGGUGUCUGAAACACUGAAUCAUGUCAUUAAACAGAAUGAAAAGUUCAUGCCAAAGUUUGAGAAAUGUAUUUACAGGUCAUGGACAGAUGAGGAGUUUGAAAAGAGGUGGAGAAAACUAGUUGAUAGAUUUGAACUCAGAGAAGCUGAAUUGAUCCAUUUGCUGUAUGAAGAUCGUGUGAAAUGGGCCCCUACAUUUACAAGGGGUGUACUUUUAGCGGGAAUGUCAACGGUCCAACGAUCAGAGAGUGUGAACUCUUUCUUUGACAAAUAUGUACAUAAGAAAACCACCGUCCAGGAGUUUGUAAAGCAAUAUGAAGCAAUAUUGCAAGAUAGGUAUGAGGAGGAGGCAAAGGCAGAUUCUGAUACGUGGAACAAACAACCUGCUUUGAAAUCCCCAUCACCAUUUGAGAAGCAUGUGGCAGGCCUUUAUACACAUGCUGUAUUUAAGAAAUUCCAGGCUGAGGUUUUGGGUGCAGUUGCUUGCAUUCCUAAAAAAGAGAAGCAAGACGAGACAGCCAUAACAUUUAGAGUUCAAGAUUUUGAGAAGACUCAAGAGUUCAUUGUUACAAUGAAUGAAAUGAAGUCAGAAAUAUCUUGUAUAUGUCAUUUGUUUGAAUUUAAAGGCUACUUAUGUAGACAUGCAUUGAUAGUUCUCCAAAUAUGUGGUGUUUCCUCUAUCCCAUCUCAGUAUAUUUUGAAGCGAUGGACAAAAGAUGCCAAGAGCAAGUACUCUAUGACAGAUGGAUCUGAAGAUGUGCCAUCAAGGGUCCAGAGAUAUAAUGAGCUAUGUCAUCGCGCAAUGAAAUUGAGUGAAGAAGGGUCGUUAUCUCAAGAGAGCUAUAGUUUUGCUCUUCGUGCACUUGAUGACGCUUUUGGGAGUUGUGUAACUUUUAAUAACUCAAAUCAGAACAUGUUGGAAGCUGGCACAUCAUCAGCCUCUGGUCUUCUCUGUAUUGAAGAUGAUAACCAAAGUAGGAGUAUGAGCAAGACAAACAAGAAGAAGAAUAACUUUACUAAGAAACGGAAGGUGAACUCGGAGCCUGAUGUUAUGGCUGUUGGGACAGCAGACAGCUUGCAACAAAUGGACAAAUUGAACUCCAGACAUGUGACUCUUGAUGGUUAUUUUGGCCCGCAACAAAGUGUUCAAGGAAUGGUACAGUUAAACUUAAUGGCACCAACUCGUGAUAACUACUAUGGAAACCAACAGACUAUUCAGGGCCUUGGACAGUUAAACUCUAUAGCUCCUACACAUGAUGGCUAUUAUGGUGCUCAGCCAACAAUGCAUGGGCUGGGGCAAAUGGACUUUUUCCGCACUCCAAGUUUCCAAUAUGGCAUCCGGGAUGAACCCAAUGUAAGAUCUGCUCAAUUGCAUGACGAAGCAUCUAGACAUCCCUGAGGAUCACCUGUCAUCAAUUAGGAAAGAGUGGGAAUAUUUCAACUUUCAUUACCGGCUAUUGAUGGAAGUAGUACAACCAAUGAAGAAUCUUAUAGUGUGUGUGU